UCCAAACAAACGUACGGGGAAGUUACAUGACAUGAGUUCUUGCGCUCGGAUAAGAUCAGAUGACUUCUAGUGUGGAGAAGAAAGAAAAAGCAAAUCAGCUUACAAGCUUGAUACAGCUGAAUGAAGGAGGGAAAAACAUCGAGAGGAAUUCUAAUUGGACAGGUGUGUGUGUGUGUGUGUGUGUGUGUGUGAGACAGGAUGAGCUCUCUGAAACACCAGACCGAGGCUCUUAAACUUUUACACGAACUCCAGGCGAACAGGAUGACUGGACGCGACACGCGUGUGACUGUAGCUGACCGAGCCAGGGAGAGUUUAUUAUCGCGCCUGAUGGACAUUUUAUCCCAGAUCAUCUCCAUAGAGCUGGAUUUAACAUCGAGCCUUUCUGGAGAGAUGAAGUGUUUCCUCAGACACAAGGACAGCGUGGAUCUGAAGAACAUCUGCCUGAGAAUGGCUGUGACUGAGAGCUCCGACUCCGACAGGAACCUGAAGGAGCUGCGGCUCUGUCUGCAGCUCAUAGUCGACAACCUGCUCUCUGCUCUGCGACACCACAACAAUUUAUCGUCCACAGGAGCCACGAGACAGCUAAUGGGCAUAUCCAUCACCCUGCCUGACAUCUGAGCCGGGGUGUUAUCUGGAGAGCUGCCUGCUUUUCACGCUGAACUGACAGUAGUGUUAUUAUAUAUAUUUUUUGUUCAUCUGUUUAGCUUUGAAAGCUGUAUAGAUCUCCGGCACGAUCAUGAACAACCUGCAUAAGUCCAAACUACCUCACAGGGUUAAAUCUAUUAGUUUAUUUCUAAAGAUGAAAAAAAAAAAAUCCCAGGUGAUGUGACGCCUCCUCUAUAAGUUUGCACUCUCUUUUUAACUUUGUAGAGCUUUUUUUUUUUUUUUAAACAUACUGCACAGACAUGCAAGAAGCAAAUGGACAUCCAUAGUUUUACGGUAGGGUGGCACUGUGGCCUCCCUCCUCCAGGGGUAUUGAUGGGUUUCCUUACGGUACUCCGGUUUCCUCCCACACUCCAAAAACAUGCAGAUUAGGAUAAUUGGCGCUCCCAAAUGAGCAUGUGAGUGAGUAAUGUGUGUGUGUGCCAUGCAAUGGAUUGGCACACGCUCCAGGGUGUACCCUGCCUCGUACCCUAAGGUUCCAGGAAUAGGCUCCAGACCCCCCGUGACCUUGUACUCAGGAUAAAAUGGUAUACCUGUAGAUGAUGAGUGAGUGAGUUUUAUGGUACUAUACACUAUUUGAACCAAAGUUAUUGUUGUUGGCUGUUAAUACAUUAUUAAAUUAAGACUUUGGUAACUUUUCUUAGCUGAUCUAACUUAUCUAGAUAGUAUGAAAGAAUUACAGCUUUUUAAACAGCAUGUAAACAUCUUUCAGAAUGCUCAGGUCUUGUCUCUGUUGAUGUUUUAUUUUUUUGUUUAACAUAAUUGUAGUUUAAUGGUACAAAUGUGUAUAUUGUUGUUAUUAUUAUUAUUAUUAUUAUUUCUAGAUAUUUUACUUAAAUGUUAAACUCCAUUCUGAGAUUGACCAACAACCCACCUCUUUAAAAAAAAUCUUCAAUUUGUUUCAUAUUUAUACUUCUUGGCAUGUAUGCUUAAGGAUGCCUUUAUCCUGAUCUGAAAAGAAGGAAACAAGUAAUAUUCAUAAUAAUGGCAAGAAAUUUUGAUGCAUACAUUUUUUCCUAAAAUUAUGGAGUCUAUUUACUUUUUGGAUGUCAAUUGCAAUAACCUAAGACUGUUCAUUGUACUUAUUUGGCUGAAUUUUCUUUAUCUGAAGCAGCUUGAUUACAGCUUUUUAAGUUGAAGGUUUACUGCAACUUCAAGCGAUGCUGGUACUCUAUCUGUACUCUAUCUGUACCGUCUGAUCUGUGGCCUAAAGCUCUAACUGACUACAUUACACAACACUAAAAAAACUGUUGUUUUCUCAGAAAAAGAACUAGGAUAGCUUUUGGACAAUUAAACUUUCAGAGUAAAGUUUUAAAUGUAGAACUACUUUGUGUUCAUCUUUUUAUUUAUUUUUUUGAAAUAUGAAAGUUGUUAGGUCAGUGUUAAUCAAUGUGAAGGCAUAUAACCCUUAUAAUUACCUGAAUUGUUUCAACCAUCUAUGCCUAUUUAUUAAAAUAGACUUUUGGAA